AUGGAGCAAGAGGCAAUAAGAAAAGAAAGGAAGAGAGGGGAGACAGACAUUACAAGCCAGGUAUUUGACUACCAUCGCUGUCAGAAAGCUCUGACUGCUAAAGGAGUGGACACCACCCCCUGUGAAUGGUACGGGAAGGUCUACAAAUCCCUCUGCCCCAUGGCUUGGGUUGAGAAAUGGGAUGAGCAGCGAGAAGAGGGGACCUUCCCAGGGAAGAUCUGAGCCUGCCAUUCUCAAAGUUGUUUGAGACACGGAUGUAAUCAGCUAAAUGUUUGUAAAAGUGAUUGUCUUGUCACUUUUUCCACCACUAAAGCUCUGUCCCAGGAGCAGACUGACACUGAAUGCUCAUUCCUUACAAAUACAAUGGCAUCUACUGCGAAUUGUGCAUUAAAAUUCUCAGGAUGUAUUUAU